AUGACGGCCUCGACUUCGACCUCACCACCCGUGAGGGGCUACAUCGAUGGGUGCUUCGAUAUUAUGCACUCAGGGCAUUACAACGCCAUUCGUCAGGCCAAGAGCAUUUGUGAUACUUUAGUUGUUGGCAUCCACUCUGACCAAGAGAUCGCCGAAAACAAGUCGAUGCCUGUGAUGCGGCAAGAAGAGCGCUACCGCUUGCUGGAUCACAUUAAAUGGAUCGAUGAGAUUCUGUAUGAUGUUCCAUACUCCCCAGAGCUUGCGACUCUGGAGCGUGCCAGGGCAGAUUUCUGCAUCCAUGGAGAUGACAUGCCCGUGAACUCGCAGGGCUUCUGUGCCUAUGACGAGAUGCGCCACGCAGGGCGUCUACGCAUCAUCAAGCGUACCGAGGGUGUCUCCACCACUGACCUGAUCGGUCGGCUCUUGACCCUCUCGCGGAAUCAGCCCUCGGAUCUGGGCGGUGCCUCGCCCAAAAUGGGCUUCCGAAUGAGUGCGGAUGAGGUGAUCGCCCACUCAGCCCAAGCAAGUUCAGACACCUCUCAAGGCUCCCAAGGAAAACGGCUGCUUCGAGAAAGUGUGGAGAAGCUCGUGAGCAAGUAUCAGAUCAGCACGGAGGAUGCAACUGCCUUGCAGCAACAGAUUGAGCAACUCCCCCUCGCCCCCCCAGAACUCCCCGCCCCCUCCGUGAACAGCGACGGAUCGGGCUACACCCGGACCCAAGUUCCGGUGCAGCUCUUAGCCAGCACUCGCCGGAUCCGGGAGUUUUCCUCGGCCAAGCAGCCGUCACCGCAGGAUUGCGUGGUCUAUGCCUGUGGUUCCUUUGACAUGUUCCAUGUGGGCCAUGCAGAGUUUCUGAAAGACGCCCGCGAGCUUGGCAGCUUCUUGUUGGUGGGAAUUCAUGACGAUGUGAGCAUCAGCCGGUCGAAGGGGCAGAACCUGCCCGUGAUGAACCUCAACGAGCGCGUGUUGAACGUGUGUGCCUGCAAAUGGGUCGACGAGGUGAUCAUCGGAGCUCCGAUGAGCGUCACGGAAGAUUUGGUCAAGACCUGGGACAUCAAUGUGGUGGCGAAAGGUACGGGCCACAAGCGGAAUGCGGGAGAGGAGCAGGAUCUUCGCUUUGAGGUACCCAAAAGCUCUGGCAUCUACAAGGAAGUCCCCUCUCGUUGGCCCGAGCUGUGCCACGACACCGUGGUGGAACGCAUCAUCCGCGGCCGGGAACAGUACCUCACGCGGAACAAGGACCGCGCCAAGCGCGAGGACACGUACUACGAGAAGAAGCAGGCCUCGGUGGCCGAAGCGACGGAGUGGCCUCUCCGAGCGGGUGUUUCCCGGGUGAGGGCCGGGCACUGCACGGGCACGCCGGUGGGUCGGAAAAAGGACUUGGAGAUGGGUGCCAAGUCUGCUUGGAGGGUUCCUUGGCAGCAGGGCAGUGGUUUCACGCCGGUGGGCCGUGAUUUCCUGCAGACGAAUGAGGGGACGGGACGCGCCGGGGGCGACGGAGGUGAAGUCGCAGAAAGACGCGGGUCCUAUGACAAGGAGGUGAACGUGUCUUAUGGGGCUUGGCGUUGUCGAACCUGUUGUCUCUUCCUGCUGCUCCUUCUUCCCAUCCUGGGCUUUUUGAUCUAUUGGCUGUGGCCCCGCAACACCGGCUUCACGGAACCGCACGACUGUUUCAGCGACUACGCCAAUUGGCGAAACGCCUGGAAUCAAGAGAAGGCAUUGGAGGCCCCAAUCAAGUCGGAGACACCGCUUUCGCGCCGCGGAAACUGCAACCUCGAAAUCGUCGCAGUUGGCGACUCCGUCGAAAAAUCCUUCGCCUCAGGUGAGGGCUCCAAGUGCAUCGACCGCAUCCAUUGGACGCGCGACCAUGUCUUCGGCGGCAAGGACGGGAGCGAGUGGAGGGAGAACAGCUGCGAAUUGGCCUACAGCAAGGUGCAAGUGGAGUGCGAUGUUUGUCGAGGCUGCUCGAUCCAGGCCUGGUCGCCCGAGAAGAAGCAUUGGUGCUGCACGAAGCGUGGGAAAGGCUGUGAGGGCACCUCGCCACCGGCAGUGGAUGCAGGCUAUGGCAUGGUUUGGAAGCGCGUUCAGGUGCGUGGCUAUUGGACCUGGCAAGCGGUUCACGGACACGGUGUGGUCAGCAUGCCCUACGACUGCCAUGCGGGCCUCCAAAACUGGCACACGGGAUGGUCGGCAGGAAAGAAGGUGCUCACCCCUGACAAGGCGCGGGCCCGCGCGUGGAAACACGCACCGCCCUUUGCAAGGUUCGAUUGGUGGAGCCGGGGCCAAUUCAAAGAAAUUCGAGUGCCAAGCGAUCCCCAGUCCAUCCAGAAGACCGAACGAUGGAAGUAUGUGGGCGAAGGCCGAGGCUCCUACGACGAGCAGUCGAGAUUGACCUACGUCGGCCUCGGGAAGGGCAACAUUGACAAGGAGCUCCCACGCACCUCUGGAGGGCCCAACUGCUAUCUUUGUACGACCCUGCUGGGCGUCCUGAUGUUGGUGACCUUGGGUCUGCUCUUCUGGCUCUAUUUGCGCGCCGCCCACCCACCUGCACACGCCGAACUCUAUGAUUGCUUCCGGAGCUAUGAGACACAGUUCCAGCUCUGGGACGCACGCCAUCGAGACUAUUGCUGCGACAACUUCGGCCGCGGCUGCGCUCACUUCGCCCCGUCCCCGCCAGUGCCGCAUCGGGUGCCGCACCGGGUGCCGCAGCACCGCGCGGUGGUGCAUCAUGUGAUCUACCGAAAGCCUCCGAGCAGCUUUGCCUUUGACUGCCACUCCGGCUACUCGAACUGGUACUUUGGAUGGUCCACGCACAAGAAGUCCUGGUGCUGUGAUCACAGGGGCAUGGGAUGCCCUGGAACCUGGCAUGGCAGCCACCAUGUCCACACACAUGUCAUGGCUCAUGGAGUGGGACAUGCAAAGGGUCGCAUCUACGACUGUGAUGCUGGCUUCUCGCGCUGGAUGACCGGCUGGUCGGACUCCAAGAAGGAUUGGUGCUGCCAUCAUCAAAGCAGGGGUUGCGUGAAGUUCCAUUGCACUGGCGUUGACAGCAGCUGGGCGGAAGCGAAGCGAUCCUGGUGCUGCAGCAACGUUCAGAAAGGUUGUCCACGCACCACUUUGUCUCCCUUGAAGUGCAAGACGCCCUGCACACUGAAAGGACAGACGAGUACUUGCCUGGAACGGAUUCAAUGGGUCACCAAGAACACCUACUCGGGCAAGGAAGCUGCCUGCAACCUGGCCUACAGCCGAGUGCAGGUCGAAUGUGACGUGUGUCGUGGCUGCUCGAUCCAGGAAGCUGGCUGUGAAGUUCAUGCUGGCAAGGAUCCCUUCGACUGCAAUGCGGCGUUGAACAAUUUCUUCCGAGCAUGGUCACCAGAGAAGAAGCAUUGGUGCUGCACCAAGCAGGGCAAAGGUUGCGAAGGCUCCAGCCCACCGAGUGUGGAUCCUGGCUUCGGCAUGAUUUGGAAGCACGUGCAGGUGAACGGCUAUUGGACCUGGCAGACUGUUCAUGCAGCUGGCGGAGUGCACACGAAGCUCCCAUAUGAUUGCCAUGCAGGGCUCAACAACUGGCAAAGCGGUUGGUCUGGUCCAAAGAAGUCGUGGUGCUGCAGCCAUCAGCAAUUGGGCUGUGGAGGUGCUGCCACGGAUGUCCAAUCCGGCAGCUGGAACCACGGUGGGGAUCACAUCGUCCAUCAUGUGGUGCAUCACGUGUACCACUAUCGAUCGAGAGGGAGUCCUUCCAUUCCAAGAUGA